GAAUUCCAAGUGGAUUGUGUUCUCUCAUUUGCACUAGUUUUCGCACAUCAACGGAGCCUUCCUUUUGUAGUAAACCGGGACAUAUUUUUUUUAAAUAAACUUUGCUUCAACUUCCUGGACAAUGUCGUCUCCACAGAUAGACCUCCAAUGUGCCGCCCAAAGUGUUGGUACUGUCAACACGUUGGUGACCACACUUCUCCAGGCACUGCUUGCCGCACAAUGCGCCAUCUCCGCACCGGAGCUGUGGCCAUCAGACUACGCGGAUCAAGCGCUGAGAAAUGGCUUGGACACCUACGAUUUUGUGGUGGUGGGCGCUGGAUCUGCCGGUUCGGUAGUAGCCAGCCGUUUAAGCGAAAAUCCAAAUUGGAAAGUGCUAGUUCUGGAAGCAGGUGGUGAUCCACCACAAGAAAGUGAAGUACCUGCUUUAUUAUUCUCUAUGGAACACACAAACGCAACAUUUAACUACUUUACGGAGCCAAGCGACAAAGCCUGUUUGGGCCUCAACGAUGGCCGUUGCUAUUUUCCGAGGGGAAAAAUGUUAGGCGGCUCUGGUGGAGCUAAUGCCAUGUUUUAUAUUUGGGGCAAUCGCAAAGAUUACGAUGGUUGGGCAGAGGCUGGCAACACUGGAUGGGGUUGGGAUGACGUCGUACCAUAUUUCGAACGUUCAAUUCGUCCUGUGGGUAAUGAAACGAAUCCAGUAGGAUAUCUCACAGUCAGUGAAUUACCGGACACUGACACGGAUUUAGCGGGAAUGAUCACACAGGGAACCGAGGAGUUGGGCAUACCGCAGAAAUGGGAAUUUAAUGAUGUUAGCGAACUGGGAUAUUUCAAAUUGCCUCGCACAAUAGAAAAUGGACGUCGCACGAGUACCGGAAAGGGCUAUCUGUCGAGAGUUUCGCCACGGUCUAAUCUGCAUGUGAUAAAAGGAGCGCAUGUAACCAAGUUGAAUUUCGAUGAUAGCGGAAAAAAAGUUAACUCGGUGAGCUUUAUACUUCAGGACAAAUAUGAGCUGAAUGUGAGCGUUGGCAAAGAGUUGGUAGUAUCCGCAGGCGCAAUAGAUUCGCCGAAGCUGUUAAUGUUGUCUGGUGUGGGUCCAGCGGAACAUUUGGGGCAAUUGAAUAUUCCCGUUGUGCAGGACUUGCCAGUAGGCGACAACUUGUAUGAUCAUGUAAAUGUUUGGACUUUCCUCAAAUUAAGGGAGAAUGUCGCACCGAAUCACAAGAUGGUCGACAGUCUUGAUAUCGUUUACAAAUAUUUAAUUCAUCAGAAUGGAACAUUGGACAGGACAUCUUCAAUUGCCGGCUUCAUUAAUACCCUUAAGAACGAUUCAUACCCGGAUGUCGGGGUUCUUCAUCUAAAAAUUCGACGUAAUAAUCAAGCUACUUUGAAACAAUUCGCUAGUGGAGUCAACUUGAAUAAUAAAAUUGUCAAUCAAAUAUCCAAGGCGCUCGAAACAGCUGAUAUUUUAGUUAUGUUUAAUUUUCUUUUGAAUCCCAAGUCUAAAGGCUAUGUGCGCCUGCAGAGCGCCAAUUACAAAGCCGAUCCUAAGUUGGUACAUAAUUACUUUAGCGAAUCCGAAGAUGUGGACACUCUAGUGCGGGCAAUGCGCUUCCACGAGCAGCUAGUGAACACGACUGCCUAUAAGGCAGCGAACGCCACAAUACUACUACCCAGUAUUGACGAAUGCGAUGCCUAUGAACUGAGAAGUGAUGAUUAUUGGCGUUGCUACCUUAAGUACUUUUCUUCCACCACCUAUCACCAGACGGGUUCGGUUAAAAUGGGCCCUGAGACCGACGAAACGAGCUGUGUGAAUCCACGUUUGCAACUUCGUGGUGUUGACAACGUGCGUGUGGCUGAUGCUAGUAUUAUGCCAACGGUACCCAGUGCCAAUACAAAUGCGGCUGCAGUUAUGAUUGGUGAAAAGGCGGCCGAUUUUAUACGCGAAGACUGGAAGGAUUAGAACAUAUUUAUU